AUGGUCACACAGGGCAACCUCGUCUUCACCCAAGGUCUUAAGAUUCAAGAUCGAAACAAGAUUCCAGUGACAAUGGACGACCAUCAUGUGGUGCAGACAGACGAUCCUAUGGUUGAACUGCGGGAGAAUUAUGUCAAGCCAGGUCUUCGCGGAACUUUUCAAUCCAAAUAUGUCGUCCUUUGCGCCUUCGUCGUCAGGCUUGGGGGUUUUCUGUUUGGCUAUGACCAAGGAGUCGUCUCCGUCAUCCUUGUCAUGGAUCAAUUCCUCGACCAUUUCCCCCGGGUCUCCGAGACUGCCAGUGGAGCUGGCUUUUGGAAAGGAUUCAUGACGGCCAUGAUUGAACUGGGAGCACUUAUUGGAGCAUUCAAUCAAGGCUGGCUGGCCGAGAAAAUAUCCCGAAAAUAUUCGAUUUGUGUGGCUGUCUGCAUUUUUGUGCUUGGUUCAAUCUUGCAGACCGCCGCGCAAGACUAUGCAAUGCUGAUUGUGGGCCGGCUCAUUGGCGGUAUUGGUGUUGGAAUGCUGAGUAUGGUCGUUCCUAUGUAUAUCGCUGAGGUGUCACCACCAGAGAUCAGGGGCACGUUGCUUGUCCUCGAAGAGUUCUCCAUCGUGUUCGGUAUCAUUUGCGCUUACUGGCUGACGUUUGGUACGCGAUACAUUGGUGGGGAAUGGUCGUUCCGACUUCCUUUCCUUCUUCAGAUCAUACCGGCGAUCCUUCUCGGCGUCUCCGUCCUCUUCAUCCCCUUUUCACCCAGGUGGCUUGUAUCAAAAGGACGUGAUCAAGAAGCACUGGCCGCUCUGGUCAAACUUCGCCGGGUUCCAGCGGACGAUCCACGAAUUCAAGCCGAAUGGUUUGAUAUUCGUGCUGAAGUAGCAUUUCACAAGGAGGUUGCCAAAGAGAAACAUCCCAACCUCGGCGUCAAGGGUCGACAGUCUCGCUGGGCUGCUGUUAAACUGGAGCUUGCAGCCUACGCCGAUUGCUUCAAGCAAGGCUACUGGCGACGCACCAUGGUCGGCAUUGGCUUGAUGUUCUUCCAGCAGUUUGUCGGCAUCAACGCCCUCAUCUAUUACUCACCGAGCUUGUUCGAGAGCAUGAACGUCAAUUACAACAUGCGGCUGGUGUUGUCUGGCAUUCUGAAUGUCACCCAGCUUCUCGGAGUUUCGACGUCCCUGUAUACCAUGGAUCGCUUCGGACGGCGGCCACUUCUGCUGUUGGGCAGUGUGAUCAUGACCAUUUCCCACGUCAUCAUUGCAGUCUUGGUCGGUUUAUACUUUGACAGCUGGAACGAUCACAAAGACAAAGGCUGGGUAGCGGUUGCUUUUCUUUUUCUAUACAUGCUGGCCUUUGGCAUGACAUGGGGACCUGUUCCGUGGGCUAUGCCAUCCGAAAUCUUCCCCAGCUUCCUGCGAGCGAAAGGUGUGGCGUGGAGCACCUGCAGCAACUGGCUCAAUAAUUUCAUCAUCGGUCUGAUCACUCCACCUCUGAUCCAGAACACUCGGGGAUUUGGCGCGUACACAUUUUUUGCCGUCUUCUGUGCCUUGAGUGGGGUAUGGACGUGGUUCUUUGUGCCAGAGACCAAAGGGCGCAGCCUCGAGGAUAUGGACCGAGUAUUCGGAGAUCGUGCUGCGGCAUCAGAUAGAGCUCGAAGGAAGGAUAUCAUCAAUGAGCUAAAGCAAUGCGAUGAGCAAAUGAAGCAAGAGGAAGUAAAGACAGCAUGA